AUGGCCACCACAUUGACCGGCCGCUGCGUCUGCGCCCGACUACACUACUCCGCCAAACUCGCCUCCACGGACGAUGCAAGGACAUCUCUCUGCCACUGCUCCAGCUGCAAGAGAGCCUUUGGGACCAACUACGGUCUGACGACCAAGGUCCCGCUGGAAGGCUUCUCCUACACGCGAGGCCAGCCGAAAAAGUUCAAGCAGGACAACGGCGUGAUCCGCGAGUUCUGCGACACGUGCGGCGCGUUCGUGUGCGAGUACGGGGAGGCGGCGGCGGACAAGUUUCGGUACGUCAUGUGGGGGACGUUCGACGAGCCUGACAAGGUGCCGCCCAAGGGAGAGUUCUUUUGCGCGCAGAGAGAGGGAUGGAUGCCGGAGAUUGACGGCGUCUUUCACAAACAGGAGAUCAAGCAGUGA